CGCCCGUCCUUGUCCUCUUCACCCCCCAACCCCCAUCGUCUGCGGCGCGCAACAGCAAGCGGGCACCCCCCACGCCCUUACCCUCCCAUGGAGCGGCGGCUCGCCGAUGGAGAACAACUCCGGGCCGCCCGUCCCGUUGUCGACGCCCACAUCGCGCCUCUCCUCGGCGCCGUCCUCCCGCCUCCCCUCGGGGUCCCCCUUCGCCGGCAGGGACGACGAGGACCUUCUAUUCCCCGGCGUGUUCAAGGCGAAGGGCACUGGCCCUAGGAAGAUUCCUAGGUGCUGGAUGCGCGGGCAUUGCAAGACGAUUUCUACCUGAACCUCGUGGAUUGGUCUUUGCAUAAUGCCCUCACCGUUGGAUUAGGGAACUGCAUGUACUUGUGGAAUGAAUGCAGCAGCAAGCAUCAAUCUUCUGUGUGUUCGUUGCAAGAGAAUUGAUGAAUAACUCUCCUACGGUCUGGGGUUACUUACUUGUGAUGGUUGCAGCGGUUGUAUUCACAGCAUACGGCCUUCCUCGUUUCCGGCCGCCGUCCACUCACCGCAGUACGUCUUACGCAUCCGCUUCGAGAGUCCCAGGUAGGCCCUCCUCCCCUCCUACAACAGCACUAGCCCCCACGGGUAGGGAUGGCAGUGGGGUUUUUCCUCUAUUAGGGCUGUUUGGUUGCGUUGUUCCCUGCGGGGAUUUGGGGGAUCGGAGGGGAUUUGAAUUAAGAUCCCAGGAUUCCCUGCCGAUCCCCACCAGUAAUGGUGGAACUGAACUAGGCCUUAGGGGCUGGUUGUGAUACAUAAUUAACCCCCAUGGGGAACGAUGUGCUCCCCGUUGGGUAGAGCGGGGGGUGCCGGGGGGGAGGGUUGGCUCAUGUAAUCCCUAGAUCCGAACCCCACGGAUCCACAAAUUGUGUAAACCCUGCGUCAAAUCCUGGUAAUUUUUACUUCUUUUUGUUGCUUUCCUUGAUUGCUGGUCUUGGUGUUACUUUUCUAUAGAGCCUUCAUAUGCAAUCCAUGUAAUUUUUACUUCCUUUUGUUGUUUUGCUCUUCAAUGUACUUGCUUUGGCAAGAUGUAGUGCCCAUCGCACAUCGGCCAAGGUUGGCCGAUUAAAAGGUAGCCGCCGAUUCUUGGCGUGUCUAUCUUUCUACCCCGUAACUUUCUCGUUUUGAGUAAUAUUAUUCAGGUGGGGAGACUCUCCCCCCCCCCGCGUUGAUUCCUCAAAAAAAAAUCCUGGUAAAAAUAAGACGGCAAUCCAGUUUUCCUUCUAUAAAUGCUAACUCGGUCAAAUCUGCGUUCUUACGCAUGAUGCCAUUUAUUUUGUAAUAUGUUUUCCAUAGCCUCCACCGACCGGCAGACCCCCAUCUCGUAUUCUUUUCUCGUUUACUGGCAGGAGCACCUCACCCGCCACUACAAUCUACUCAAUGUAGCAUCAAUCUACCACGUAGUACUAUACUGCCUCUGUUCCGAAAUGUAAGUCGUAGCUUUGUCCUAAGUCAAACUUCUUCAUGUUUGACCAAGAUUAUAAUUUUUUUACCAGCAUAUACAAUUCUAAAUUAGUUUUAUUAAAUCCAUCAUGAUAUAUAAUUUCAUGGUAUACUUAUUUGAUAUUGUAGAUGUUAGAAGAUUUUUUUUUAUAAACUUGGUCAAACUUGAAGAAGUUUGACUUAAGACAAAGCUAGGACUUUUUAUAUUCAGGAACGGAGGGAGUAGUUUCCAGCCGCUUCUACUGAAAUCUGCUAGGUGCUAUAGCUAUUCGCAUGCUGCAUGCAUGUGACCAUGUCUGCAGUGAUUUUCUUCCUGGCAUGUAUCAUUCAUGGAAUAGGGAACCCAUGAGACUGCUGUACCCGGUGGGUAACGGGGACAGAAAAAAUCAGUUCCCAUGUCGGGGGUUGGGGACGGGGAGAUUUUGGUUGCACAGGGACGGAGCAGGAAAGGUAUUACCCUAGCAGGGUAGACCCGUUGACAUCCCUACCCACGGGCCACGGGUUCUGAUCGCUCGUGCGCUUGCCGCCUAACACGCUUCGCUUCUUGCCAUGAAAGGUCCCCACCACGUGCGCUUGCUUGCGUCUGCAACGUUCAGUUUGCACAGGGGUUGAUAGGGGAAGGCGUGAGAGGCUCGGCUGACAGCGAACAUGGACAUGAGGCAGACUGUGCAGGCGAACCAGGUCGGUGGCAGUGGCGUUGGCAGCGCCGCCAAUGAGCCGCUGCAGGAUCAACAGAUGCUCGAUGUGACGGACCUCGAUGCGGAAGAACCCCAGCUUGAGACGUUGCGCGACAAUACCCGGCAGAAGAUACUCAAGCAUGUAGAAGAGAUGCAACGUUUGGCUACCCAAACAAGAUGGACUACUACAAUUCAGCCACAUGUGCAGUCUGCUAUGAUUGAGCUGAACCGAAUGUGGGCAUUUUCCACUAUCAAUGGGACGACGGUUCCGACACUUGGCAUCACAAGAGGUCCUUUGUCAUCUGCUGCCAUGGAUCCACUGAACGCCUACAUGGGUACCUCCCUGCCAGAGGAAGCUCCUGGUGAGCAUGUGAACACAGAGCUAUCUCUGGGUCUCAAUUGUAAGCGGCAGCGCUCGGCAGCUUCAAACAACAACAACCUUGUGGCAAAUAUGGUGAACACACCUGGAACCAACAGCAUCAUGCCCAAGCCAAACGUUGGCACCCCUUGCGCCUGUGGAUGAAGCAAAGUUCAGCUGCCCAAUCUGCCAUGGCGAGCUGGUUAUCGCGUCAUCCACCCUCUGCGGCCACAUCUUCUGCCUGGAGUGCGUCAAGACUGCCGUGAAGCUUCAGAGGAAGUGCCCUACCUGCCGGACUAGUCUGCCCAUGGACGGUUACCACCGGAUCUACCUCCCGGACUAGAACUAGUCUAGCCUUUCUGGGCGCCGUGGAGCCGUGACCACAUUGGCACUUAUGGUGGUUCCAUCUGAAUUACUCCAGACAGGGUUUGUCAUUACCAUCAGUUUCCUCCUGACAAUUUAGCAUGCGAUGCUGCGAUUGCCAAUCGAGACGUUGUUGCCAUUCAGUUGUAGACAGUGUUUUCGCUGUGGAAGCUUGUGCUCUGCUAUUGCGGGAUUCAUGUGCGAAGAAAUAUCCAGUGUUUUCAUGUUGUAAGAGUCUCUGUGGGAUUCGUGUGUGAAUAAAUAUCCAACAAUUUCAUGGUGAUAGAGUUUCUAUAUCAUGUUUGAGCCA